UCUCGUCGUCGUGAGCGUUUUCGAGAGAUAACUUUCGAUUUGCUGAUCCAUUCUUCUUCUUUGAAGUUUUCGCAGUUUCCUGCAAUUCGUAGCGCUUGAGUUGCGGACCAUUCUUGAGUUUCGUGCCGUGAUUUCGAAAAAGAGAGAGUUUGUGAAUGUUUUCCUGUCUGCUGCUUGUCGCGCCUAGCAUUCCUUGAUACCCGGGGCUUUAGAGUUUCUCUUUCUCUUCUUCCUCAACUUCUCCUUUUAGACCUCUCUCUCGGAGAAUUCCAAGUCUUUUGAGAGAGGUCCUCGCCUAGAGCUCUACAUAGCUUUCCAAGCUAUCCAGCCGAGAGCAAAAGCUUCCCUCUCGGCUCUCAGCAAAUUUCACUUCUUUCUGUCAAAGGUAUAGAAAGAAUUUCAGCCAUCGAUCGAGAAGAAAGGGAGAUGGGACGAGCACCUUGCUGUGAGAAAGUCGGCCUUAACCGAGGUCCUUGGACACGAGAAGAAGAUCUUCUCCUCACCCAGCACAUCAGCCUCCACGGCGAAGGAUCAUGGAGAACACUUCCAAAAGCUGCAGGUAAAAUUCACAUAGUUGUAAAUCACUCGAAAAAAGAGAGCGAGAGAGAAAACUCUCGGAAGAGAUUUUUCGUAGCUUACGCAUUGUUCGUCCCAGGACUUCGUCGCUGUGGCAAAAGCUGUAGGCUCCGGUGGAUAAACUAUCUUCGUCCAGAUCUCAAGCGUGGAAACAUCUCCGAGGAAGAAGACCAGCUGAUUAUAAAACUGCAUUCGCUGCUCGGCAACAGGUGGUCUUUGAUCGCUGGACGGCUCCCUGGAAGAACUGACAACGAGAUUAAAAACUAUUGGAACACCCACCUGAAGAAGAAGCUCCGCAACAUGGGCAUCGAUCCCCAGACGCACCGCCCGCUGCCACAGCACGACCCGAGCUGCCCGUCCUUCCACUCCAAAAACACCGCCGCGGCAUGCAGCUGCCACCCGGACGCCGCGACGCUGGAACAAAACACCGGUGCCGCCAGCGUCACCGCCGCCGCCACCACCACCUCCGCUGGUAUCACCAUGAUAUCUCCAUCUCCAUACGCCGCUGCCACGGACGAGCGUCCUCGGCCAGGAGGAGAAGUCUUCUCGUACCAAAAACUCCUGGGGAUGGGCUCGGACCAGAUUCUCGACGUGGAGGAGGAGGACGAGGAGGAAGCCCGGCUCAAAGGACCACCAUCCUCUCCCAUCAGCAUCCUCUCGCAAAACAGCUCUGGCCUCACCGAGCGCUACCACCACAAGAACAUCAAGUCGGGGGGCUCCGGGGAUCACUCCAUCACCUCCUCGGCCGCGCGGGACAUGGAGUUUUGCGAGCUGCCGAGCCUGUCCGCCACCUGCGACACAGCUACCAGCUGCUGCUCGGGGACCAUGAUGAUCAAACCGGGCGACCUCGGAUCGUCGCCGUCUUUCGAGUUGUAUCCCGUGGCCGCGGUGGAGUGGGAUGAUCAGCACGGCAAGCACGACGCAAUGCAUGUCCCCAUCCCGCCGCUAUUCAGCGAGGCCGAGGCUCACAAGGAUCAUCACCACUCGUCCAGCAGCCUGCUGCUAAAUAUCAUAAACUCGGACGGACUGUGGGACGUGGAGAUUGUCCGGCCUAUCGAGGAGUUGGAUCCGUCCAUGAUCAUCACCGAGGCCGCGAAUACUGAUCUGUGGGAGUCGCAUUAUACGUCGUGCGUAGCGACAGGGCUGUGAGGAUCAAUCGAUGGGUCUGUGAAGAAAAAAAGUGAUCUUUAAAGAGAUAUAAGAAUACUCCCUUGCGAGGAGAAUUGGCUUACUCGCAAUGCAAAUGCUGCAGAGCUUCCAUGUCCAAACUUGUUUCGCUCCAGGUGGAAUGAAAACGUCAAAUGGAGAUCAUCACCUUU